GCAGGACACACGCAGUCAGUUUCCUCGACUACUCGUGAUAGUGCCUCGAGUUUUUAAAUAUUUUUACAGUUUUUUAGCGACGAUACUUCGAAAAGAUAAUUCGGUAAUUUUUAUCGAGAUAACGAACUAGCUAGCGAGUGCUGAUGUGAAAAAAAAAUAAUAGAGUAAUGCGUCGCUGCAGCAGCAGGUUCAUGGCGCAUGCACCGGCAUGGGGGGAGCAGCACCGGCUUUUGCAUACGCCAAUGCUCAUCAACAGCUUACUACCAAUAUUACGUUUCCAAACAACUGCUUUUACCGAUAAUUAUAGAUGAAAAAGAAAAAGCGGAAAGAUUGUUCUCUCGUUUGUGCUCUUUGGCCAUGAAGAAAUUUGAUUUAACCUGUAGGCGACUUCCUCGCUUGACGGUACUCGUCUCGCUUCUUAUUUACUCCGGUUUAUUGUUGGUUCAUUAUCGUCACACCUUACCUCUUAAAAUUGACGAUACCCAUUUGGGAGAUGGUCGGGUUAUGGAAAAACUACUGUUGGAGCUCGAAGAGAAUAAAAUCGAGAGAGAUCCGUUACAAAAUAAUGUAAAUAUUCAAGGAAUAAAUGUCGAGCAGCCAAUUGAAAAGAGAGAACAGCGCUCCAAAGGACUCUUGGAAAUGAUAUUCACGAAAGCCGAUACGAACGAAGACAAGUUUCUAGACAUAAAGGAGUUGUCCAAGUGGAUUCAUGGGAAAAUAAUCGAUCACAUCGACAAGGCAAUGCGAGACAAUAUCGGACUCUUCACCACUAUCGAUAACAAUCCGAGAGACGGUGAGAUAACAUGGGACGAGUAUCACGCUCAUUUUUUACGCCAGAUCGGUUUGCCCGCGAGCUACAUUUUAGAGCACGAUAAGAGACACUCGGCGCUGUCUCGUCCACUUAAAGAGGCCAUCAUGCGGGAUCGAGCUCGAUGGACCGAGGCAGCGCGGACCGAUCCGGACCGCCUGGCGCUCGACGAAUUUCUUGCCUUCACUCAUCCCGAAAGCAGUCACAGGGCCCUUCUACAAAUGGUCGAGGAUCUUUUUGAAAAAUUUGAUCGAGAUGGCGAUGAGCAAUUGACGGAGGAUGAAUUUUCCGAAUUACCUUCGGAUGGAAGUGGUCCGGAUCAAAGUCUUUCCUUACCCGUAAGUCAAGAGCGUCGAGAAGAAUUCCGGUACCUUAUAGACAAAAACAGAGAUGGAAAAGCUGAUCGUGCAGAGCUUCUAGCCUAUAUCGACCCAAGAAAUCCACGUCACGCGAUUCAAGAAGCACGUCACUUGAUCGACUUGUCAGAUUCAGAUCAUGACGGAAAAUUAAAAUUAGCUGACAUGCUAAAUAAAAAAGAGUUAUUUCUAGCGAGUAAAAUGGUCGAUACCGAAGGAAGUUUUCACGACGAAUUCAGAUGAGUUGUUCCUUUUGGAAGAGUAGUACGAAGAGCAAUAUUUUGAUCUGAACGUUUUGUACCUGGUUCAUCCAUAGCUUUACUGCACAUUUAAUACAAUUUUUAACUAUUGAAAGAUAAUUAUUCAACUUUUAUGCUGUGCAGAUUAUUUUAAAGAUAAAAAAUAGCUUAAAUAUUAGCAUCAAAGCAUAAUCAAUGCAUAACAAAGUGAAUUGAUAAUACUACAAUUUACAACUAUACUUGUAUAUUUUAAUAAAAAAAUUAAAUGUAAAAAGUAAGUUUACGUAAAAAUUUUUUCAUAGAUUAUAAAAUGAUUUUUAUAUGUAUUACAAAAUAUUUGCUUAAAAUAUUCGGAAAAAACUACGUUAA